AUGACCGCCCGCACGCUCAGCCUCAGAUCGCUCGCACACCUCCAUCCCUCCCUUUCCACCCGCAGCCUCGGCAGGAUAGGACCGUACCGCAUCGUAACCUCCAGCCACACCGCCACCGCCACCGCCACGGCCAUCGGCACCCGCUCCAUCCACCGACUCGCCUCGGGCAAAAUGUCGAGCCAGGACGCCAAAGUGCUGUCCUCUUCUCCUCUGUCGUCGUCGGACUCGAAAUGGGUGACGCUCCGUUCGAUCGCAUGGGUGGAUCCGACGGGAAAGGAGCGCAAGUGGGAGUCGGCGGACCGGACCACGCGCCGGGGCGCCGUGGACGCGGUGGCCAUCCUGCCCCUCAUCCACCGGCCCGAGCAUGCGCCGUCAAUCCUGCUCAUCUCGCAGUUCCGCGCGCCCGUCGGUAAAUCCGUCAUCGAGCUCCCCGCCGGUCUCGUCGAUGAGGGCGAAUCCGUCGAGAUGGCCGCACUGCGCGAACUCGAAGAAGAGACCGGGUACGGAACCACCAAAGAUGGCGCAGAGGUCGAGAUCCGCAGAACCUCGCCCGUCCUCUUCAACGAUCCAGGCCUCACCGGUAGCAAUAUGCAGCUCUGCAUCGUCAAGAUCAAGAUGCAAAAGGGCGCAAAGGACCCCGUCGCCAAGCCAGAGGAGGGAGAGUGCAUCGAAAAGUACCUCGUCGACGCUACUCGCCUCUACGACGAGCUUCUUGCAUUCGAGAAAAAGGGCUACGCCAUCGACGCCCGUCUGGCCCAUCUCGCCGCGGGCAUGCAGAUCGGCGGAACCGCCAACCUCUAG